AUCCAACUUGCCCCGAAUGUAGAAAAUUUAUUGUCCACGUGUCAACCUCCGAUGCCGUCGGCUCACAGAAUCCAAGUCUUAUCUGAUAUCAUCCCCCGUUGCGUGCACAUUGCAGGAUUCACAUGCUUUCUUUCUCUUCCCCUCUCUCACCAUUCUUCCAAUCUCUCACAAAAAACAAAACACGUCAUUUCUCUCUAUCCCAAGCAAACUGUCCCAUCACUGACGAGGCUUUCACUCUUUUGUAUGGAGACUGAAGAAAAGCUUUGGAGUGGUGUGGGUGAAGAGGCAGGAGAAAGGAGGUUGAAGAAGGAACGGAAGAGGAAGAGGAAGAAAGAAAAAGACCCAGAAAAUCAGAAGCUAGAACAAGGAAAUGAAGAAGACGAAGAAGAUAAAGAAGAGGUCGUAGCAAGGGACCCGCUGGAGGUUUUUGGUAGGGACAUUAUGGUGAUGAUACUAAGCAACCUUGACGCGCGCAGCGUUGCACUAUCUCUCCUUGUUUCACGUGCUUGGCACGGUAUUGCUUCUUGUGAUAGGCUCUGGAGCUCCAAGUGUGAAGAAUUGUGGCAUGGGAAGGCACACAUACCUCGUGCAUCCCAAGUUCGGGGACUAUCCAAGCUGGCUGCUUAUUCAAUAUCUGUCAUGGACGGCGAACGUACUCGUAUCAUGAAGGAUGAUCUGUGUGAUCAUGUCUGGGAGUUUCACUUUAACAAGGCUGCUCCAGAGUAUUGGCGAAAUCUUGAUCCCUAUUGGAAGGGAACUGGUCCUCUCAUGCGCCGCUACUUCCACCCGGAUGGGAGCCAAACUGCAGGUCCUGGUGACAAGGUCUGGGGUGGACAUGAAUGCUGUUAUUCUGUUGUGACUAGUGUUGUUGGUGAUGGAAAGAUUAGGGAGCAUUAUGUUAGGAUAAACAGAUGGCCCCGAAUGUUCAUUUCCAGAAACCAGGACUGGAGCUGGGAAAUGUCUAAUUGCAUCUACUGCUACUCCAGUGUUCCUGAUGCUGACAAGAAAGGUGGGACAGGGCCUUUGUUUUCACCUUCUGUAAAUGUCUCUCCUCAAGCGCUUGGUAGGUAAUUGGAGUGAACUGUAUCUUUCUUUAUUAGGAUGUAAAAGUGCUGUAGAUAGUGGUAUAUAUGAUAUACUUAGUUAUGCUUAUCGCUCAUGGUAUUUGCUUCUUUAUUUGAAUGCUUAAAAUAGAUCAAUAAAAGUUAUUGUUACAGA